CUAAUUUGGGCCAAAACAUACUCUCCCCUCCACUCUUCAUCUUCUGCUAGCCCCGCAGAAAAGAACUCCUUAGAAAGUCUCCAUAUCCACUCCGGACAAGGAAAGAAUCAUUUUUCUUUUCCCUCCAUCACCAUCUUAUAUUCUUACAUAAACCCAAGACUGACACUCCAUCUUCCAUAAUCUAUUUCAUUUUGAACCCAAACGCUUUUUGGUAUUUGAACAAUGGCUCAGGAAUUGGCGGAGAAGGCGAAAGAAGCAAUAUUUGAGGAUGAUUUCAAGCUAGCCAUUGAUUUAUACUCUAAAGCUAUUGAUUUGGACCCCACUAACCCCGAGUUUUUCGCUGACCGUGCUCAGGCCAAUAUCAAACUUAAUAACUUCACUGAGGCUGUUGCUGAUGCAAACAAGGCAAUUGAGCUGGAUCCUUUAAAGGCCAAGGCAUAUUUGCGUAAAGGUACUGCCUGUAUUAAGCUUGAAGAAUAUCACACUGCCAAGACAGCACUUGAAAAGGGUGUGUCUUUAGCUCGGGAUGAUUCUAGAUUUACUAAGUUGAUUGAAGAAUGUAAUCAGCGAAUUGCAGAGGAGUCUAAUGAUCUAAGCAAGUCUUUAGCUCCAAGUGUGUCUCCUGUAUCGGUUAUUUCCCCUCAGAUGGUCAUCUCCUCAGCAAAACCAAAAUACAGACAUGAAUACUACCAGAAGCCAGAGGAAGUCAUUGUAACAAUAUUUGCAAAGGGCAUACCAGCUAAGAAUGUCACAGUCGACUUUGGUGAACAAAUUCUGAGUGUUACCAUUGAUGUCCCUGGCGAAGAUGCAUAUCAUUUUCAACCUCGAUUGUUUGGAAAAAUAGUGCCUGAUAAAAGCCAGUACCAGGUAUUGUCAACCAAGAUUGAAAUUCGUCUUGCAAAAGCUGAAGUUAUCAACUGGACAUCUCUUGAGUAUUGCAAGGAAAAUAUAGUUCCUCGGAAACUUAAUGCACCAUCAGGUACAUCAGUUGGAUCUCAAAGGCCUUUGUACCCGUCUUCCAAAACAAGAGCAAAAGAUUGGGAUAAGUUGGAAGCCGAAGUUAAGAAGGAGGAAAAAGAUGAGAGGCUAGAUGGUGAUGCAGCUUUGAAUAAGAUGUUCAGGGACAUUUACCAAAAUGCAGAUGAGGACAUGAGGAGGGCUAUGAUGAAAUCUUUUGUAGAGUCGAGUGGAACGGUACUGUCAACUGACUGGAAAGAAGUGGGUUCCAAAAAAGUAGAAGGCAGCGCUCCAGAGGGCAUGGAAAUGAGAAAGUGGGAGUAUUAGUGCAGUAUAUAACAUGUCACUACAUGAACAUCCAGGAUUUUUUACUUUCUUACAAUUGCACUUUUCCUUUUCCAUCAGGGAUCUCAGCCGCUGUAAAUUAAAUAUAUAUACGUUUUGAGAUUAUUUUGUUUCUGACGGGACACUGUUAAUGGUUGUAGUUGAUUGGUUUUAUUAGCAAUAGGAGAGCCAUAUUCACAUUCGUUUA